AUGACGGACGCGAAGAGGUGGAAAGCAACCGUCUUCGUCGGAGGUCUGGCCGGUCUAGUCAACCCUGCCAGUCUGCACGAUGCAUUUAUUCCAUUCGGCGAGAUUGCCGAUAUAUCACUGCCUAAAAACGACAAGCCAGAUGCUACAGAGCCGCAUCGGGGUUUCGCCUAUGUCGAGUAUGAGGACGAGCAGGACGCCAAAGAAGCAAUCGACAACAUGGAUCAGUCGGAAUUCUUUGGCAGGAUUCUCAAAGUUUCCGCAGCCAAGGCGCCCAAGAGCGCUGAAGAAGGAUUGGGAAGCAAGACAGCAGUUUGGCAACAGGAGAGCUGGCUGGCGGAGCACGCAGUGAGCGAGGAGGACAGGGCCGCUGCAGAUGGGGCGCAAGGAGCUGUUGAUGAUCGGCCAGAAGAUCCUAUGCAGGGCCUCGAAGGGUUGGAUGUUGCCGGUCCACGACCGGAGUAA